AUGAGGAAGAAGAGACGGAAGCACAGACCUGGUGGUGGUGGCGGAGGGCGAAAACCAGAGGAGGAAGAAGCUGGGAAGAGAUCUGCAGGAGAAAAGAUGACGGAAGCGAGCGCCGUCCUCAGUCGCUGCUGCUUUCUCCGGCACUCGGGCGAUGCUGCUCCUCCUCCUGCCGCCGCUGUUGGAAGGCCGAUGGUUGUCGGUGUCUCGACGGCCCGGCCGAGGCCUGCCAACUUAAAACCGCUAUUCUUCUGCAAGCAGCACUCGAGUCGCAUCAGCGCCAGCGCCCAGAACGCCGCGAGCAGUUCGCCUCUGCGCAAGAUGGACGAUUACAAUGCGGCCAUGAAGCGGAUGAUGAGAAGCCCUUAUGAGUAUCACCACGACCUGGGGAUGAACUAUACCCAAAUUACUGAGAAUUUGAUCGUCGGGUCGCAGCCUCAGAAGCCUGAAGACAUUGAUCACCUGAAUAAGGAGAUGAAUGUGGGCUACGUGAUUAAUCUGCAGCAGGACAAGGACAUAGAGUACUGGGGAAUUGAUCUGCAGUCAAUCAUUUCUAGGUGCCAAGAGUUUGGUGUCUGCCAUAUAAGAAGGCCGGCAAGAGAUUUUGAUCCAGAUUCACUCAGAAGGCAACUGCCAAGGGCAGUUUCAUCCUUGGAGCAUGCCAUUUCACAAGGAAGAGGAAAAGUUUACGUCCAUUGUACAGCAGGGUUGGGAAGAGCGCCUGCUGUUGCCAUCUCAUACUUGUUUUGGUUUUGUGAUAUGGAUUUGGAAACUGCAUACGAUUCAUUUGUUUCAAAGCGUCCUUGUGGACCAAGCAAGCAAGCAAUUCGUGGAGCUACAUAUGACCUGGCUAAGGAUGGACCUUGGAAAGAGCCUUUCGAGAACCUCCCUGAAUAUGCUUUCACUGACAUUGCCGAUUGGGAAAGAAGAUUGAUUCAAGUUCGAGUUCGUUCACUCCGUGAAAAUUAAUUCCCCAGGUAUAAGCAGUGCAUCUUAAUAAAUCUGUUACUGCACUAGCACCUCAGUUUCCACACAAUCCAAUUUGUCACAUUAGAAAAUUGUAUAUGGUUCCUGCCUUAAUCUUUCUGAGAGGAAGGCAGCAGAUGCUACAUAUUAGAGAAUAACAUAAUCCCUAAAGAAAAUGCAUUUGAGAUAUUUUGCAUAUGAUGCUGUGAAUAAGAAAAUUCCGUUGAUGAAAAUUGGAGUGUAGUUAGGACUUAAGAGUAUGUCUAGAAUUCUGCAUCCAUUUGCAAUUAUUUUCUGAUGCAUUAUCUGCAUAAAUUUAUAUAUUGUUAUCUACAUUAAAAAGAA